UCAAAAAUCUAAAUCCUUACUUCGGAUUUAGUAAAAACAUAAAAAAUGAAGUACUUCAAGUACUCGUUCGGUGUUUAAAACUUUACUCAGUACGCAAACGGCCAUAAUAAGCAGGUUUGAAUUUUUUAGAAAACUUAAGAUGUUGGGUUCUAUGUAGAUAUAUAAAUCCAUUACUCAUCGUAAAAAUGUAAAUAUUAGUUAUUUAAUUUGAAAUUAUUUAUUUACAUUGCAUAGAUAUUAUUGUUGUAUGCAAUUUUAACUAUUAAUAUAACCAUGAUUGUGGAUUUAAAUCGGAUUCUCACUAGAUUCCCUACUCAACACUUGAUGUACUGCUUUGCUUAUGGAUCUGGUGUAUUUCAACAGGCCGGUCGUACUGAUCGUGCAAUGGUGGACCUAAUAUUUGUAGUAAACAAUACACACAACUUUCAUCGGGAUAAUUUAGCGGCUAAUCCAAAUCAUUAUUCAUCAAUCCGUUAUUUAGGACCAUCUAUCUUAUCAAAUAUUCAAACUUCAUUUGGUGCUAAUGUUUAUUUUAAUACUCAUAUCACAGUAGACAAUUUAAUAUUCAAGUAUGGAGUUAUAGAUAUGAAAGAUUUUUGUCAAGACUUACAGUCAUGGUAUACACUUUAUAUAGCGGGUCGACUUCACAAGCCCGUGUUAAUGUUACGUGAUGAAGGAUUAAGUGAUUUGGUCAUGCAUAACUUAAGAAGCGCUAUGCAUGCUGCUCUUCUUCAGUUACCUGAAAAAUUUACAGAAAUAGAUUUAUAUAUUGCUAUUGCAGGUCUAUCGUAUCGAGGAGAUUUUCGUAUGAUUAUUGGCGAGGACAAGAACAAAGUGGCCAAUAUUGUACAACCUCAAAUAGAUAAAUUUAGGACAUUAUAUACACCAGUGUUUAAAUCAAUGAGUGAUAAACUAUCUAUAAAUUCAUUUGUAGAACAAGACAAAAGUUUGGAGAGCAAAUUGUAUCAUUUGCAGAGGUUACCACAAAACUUGAAGAAUAUUUUAUUCAGAUCUUAUAAGAACAAAUUGAAUGAUGAUAGAAUAUUAGAAGAAUUAGCAAAGCGAGAUGAUGUUAGUACAAUUGUGCGCAAUGGUAUUUACAGAAUAGUAUUUUAUUCAAGUCUAAUGCAAAGUAUAAAAGGAAUACCAACAGCCGGCUUACUAAAGUCUGUUGUCUAUAGCUAUAGCAAAUUAAACAAAAUGGUUAAAUCUAUGUUUUUAUAGCUAAUCUGAUUACUUAAAUAAAAAUAGUAUUGUUUUGUUGUUAUAUAAUUGUAUUUGUAUUAGA